AUGCGCUACAUCGCUGCAUAUCUUCUCUUGCAAAUCGGUGGCAAGUCGUCUCCGUCGACAGAUGACAUUAAACACGUGCUCGGUUCGGUUGGCGCAGAUGUUGACGACGACCGCCUCUCCAAGCUCCUUUCUGAGCUUGAGGGUAAAGACAUUGCUGAACUUAUCACCGAGGGUUCUUCCAAGUUUGCCUCCGUUCCGUCUGCUGGUGCAGUAGCUGCCGCUCCGUCUGCCGGCGGGGCAGCGGGUGGUGCAGCUGCAGAAGCACCCAAAGAAGAGGAGAAGAAGGAAGAGGAGAAGGAGGAGUCCGACGACGACAUGGGCUUUGGUCUUUUCGAUUAA